UUCAAACAUAUAUAUAUAGGACCAUUUAUCGUUCCCACUCCAUUAUUCGUAUCAAAAUAAAACAAAAAUAAUACAUCAUUCCGUAGCCUGGCCUUAACAAUGGCUUCUACCAACAAGAUUAUCAAUAAGCCACUCAGAACCAUCCCCGGAACCUACGGCCUUCCCUUCUUCGGACCCAUAAAGGACCGCCACGAUUACUUCUACCACCAAGGCCGCGACACCUUCUUCCUCUCCAAGAUCCAAAAGUAUAACUCCACCGUCAUCCGUACUAACAUGCCACCUGGCCCCUUUAUCUCCUCCGAUCCAAGAGUCAUAGCUCUCUUGGACGCUGUUUCCUUCCCCAUCCUCUUCGACAACUCUAAGGUUGAGAAGCGCAACGUUCUUGACGGCACCUUCAUGCCUUCCACCUCCUUCACAGGCGGCUACCGCGUCUGCGCCUACCUCGACACCCACGAGCCCGCCCACGCCGCACUCAAGAGCUUCUUCAUCAGCACCAUCGCCUCCAGGAAGCAACUGUUUCUUCCUCUCUUCCGCAACGUUGUUGCCGAAUGCUUCACUCAAAUCGAGAACAACCUCUCUUCCAAAACUGCAACUGCAAACCUAAACGACGCCGUCUCCUCCGCCUCCUUCAACUUCAUGUUCCGCCUCUUCUGCAACAAUAAGGAUCCUGCGGAGACGAACCUAGGUUCAGAAGGGCCGAAGCUGUUUGACACGUGGCUACUGUUCCAGCUGGCACCACUGGCGACCCUGGGGCUCCCGAAGAUCUUCAAUUACAUAGAGGAUUUCUUGAUCCGUACGGUUCCAUUCCCAGCUUUCCUGGCGAAAUCGAGCUACAAGAAGCUCUACGAAGCAUUCUCGGCGAACGCGGGGAAGCUUCUAGAAGAAGCAGAGAAGGCCGGGAUCGAAAGAAGCGAGGCCAUUCACAACAUAAUAUUCACGGCGGGGUUCAACGCGUACGGAGGGUUAAAGAACCAGUUUCCAACCCUCAUGAAGUGGGUGGGUUUGGGCGGCGAGAAGCUUCACAAGGAAAUAGCGGCAGAAGUUAGAAGCGUAGUGAAAGAAGAAGGAGGCAUCACAAUAAACGGUGUUGAGAGAAUGAGUUUGGUGAAAUCCAUAGUGUAUGAAGCUAUGAGGAUAGAGCCUGUAGUGCCGUACCAAUACGCGAAGGCCAGGGAGGACAUAAUAGUAAAUAGCCACGACGACUCUUUUCAGAUCAAGAAAGGGGAGAUGUUGUUUGGGUAUCAACCUUUUGCCACGAAGGAUUCUAGAAUAUUCGAGAAGGCGGAGGAGUUUGUGGCGAGGAGGUUCGUUGGGGAGGAAGGGGAGAGGUUGUUGAAGUACGUGGUGUGGUCGAACGGGCCUGAAACGGAGCAGCCCGGGCCGGAGAACAAGCAGUGUCCUGGGAAGAAUCUGGUGAUACUACUGUGCAGGGUGUUUCUGGUGGAAUUCUUCUUGCGUUAUGAUACUUUUGAAUUUACAUACAAGGAUAUUGUUUUGGGUCCAAAUGUUACCAUCACUUCUCUCACUAAGGCCUCUUCUACCUUCUGAGUUAUUAUUCAUCUCUACUGUACUUUGUGAAAAAACCACCUACUUUGUUUAUAUUUUCAUUUAUUAUUUUUUAUCAAAUAUGUUAGUCACUAAAA